AUGGACAAUCACUUAGAUGAGAAGAUCACAAGUCUUGAUAACAACCUCGAUGGCACCACCAAGAGUCUCAAUUCAAUAACAGCAGUAGCUCAUCAAGCUAAGAGGGAGGUAGCCGAAGUAACCCUAAAGGAGAGGCAAUGUUACUCGACGAUGCUUACAUUGGUGGAAGGGCAAAAACAAGUGAAGGCACAAAUCCGAGAUUUACACAUCUCUCUAGACAAGAGGAGCCAAGAUAUUCAAAGAAGAGCUAGAGGGCUUGAAGACAAAGUAGAUGGAGUCUCCAAGGAAGUCAAGGAUUUAACCACUCGCUUAGCCAACUUGGAAGAGAAGGUCUUGACCGAGGCAAAGACGACCGGUUCCUAA